UAUGUUAUCACGAUUUAUCUUGCCUUUAAACGAAAUAUCUAACCUGCUUUGAACGGUUUGUGGUUGCCGAACAAUUAUAGUAGCCAAAUCUAGUAAGAUUACAAAUGUCUAUUUUUGGCAACUUCUAUUUUUAGCCAAUGGUUGGGCUAUAGUACUAUGAAACAAUUGAUGUACUUCGUCGAUUUUUUCUUUCUUCACCACUUAGAAAUAAUACCGUGAAAUGAAAGUUCCAUGACGUUACAUACCGGAUAAACACUGAGAUUUCGAUAUUAAACUAUGAGAACCAUGUAAUUUUGACAAAAGAUACUAUUUCGGGAUUUGUCCGAUUCCCUUUUCUUGAAUAUGUGUUCCGACUCGAAACUUUUCAAACUCCUCGCGCAUUCGUUUAAUAUCCUUUAUAGUACGUACUUUCAAAAUCCGCUCGACAACUUCUACGUAUUCCCAUAGCUAUUAUAUAUGGUGAUCACAUGUACAAUGUGAAUAAUUAUCUUUCCGUCUUCGACUUUCUUACUCGUUUUUUUUCUCCUUUAUAUUGUCCCGAAAACGGUUGCUUUGUCUUCGACUACGUGAAUUUUUUUUUUCGAUAUGCUGAUCAUUAAAUAGUGUAUAUGGUGGCGAUAUAUUUUUUUUACCUCCAAAUCAUAAAAAGAAAUGCAAAUUCAAAAACCAAGAUUUGAAAAAUAAUUGACUAACAAUCCAAAGCCAAAAAGAUUCAUUAAAUUCAGUGUUAUGUCCUAAGAAAAAUUACAAAACCCUAAUUUUCAAACACAUUUAGACAAAAUAGCAAAGCUGCGCACAAUCUCUGACCACAUAUGAAAUCGUCAAUCCCUGCAAUUAAUCUCUUACUCUUACUACUAAAUCAAGAAAUCCCAUUUCUCAAACUUUUUUCCUUUUUAAUUUCUUCACUUUCUCUCUCUAAAACGCCCACAAUAAAUAAAUAUAUUAAAAUACCACUUGCAGAAAAGAGAAAAAUGAAGUCAGAGUAGGAUUUUUCACACUCAGCUCCAACAGUAGCACACAAAUAUAUGCGAACACGUGUUGCCGAAAACCUUCAAAAAAUAUUUUCCAGCCGACCCACCUCGUUAAUUUCGACCCCCUUUAUAAAGCCGUUUCAUUUUCCUCUGAAAAACAAAAUCUUGACCCCAAUUUCUUGAAAUAAAAAAAAAUCAGAGAAUUUUUUUUCAGUUUCUGGGGUUGUGUGAUUCGUUGAAAUCCGGCGGAAUGGUUGACGGAAAGUCGCCGGAGUGGCUUCCUCCUGGCUUUUCCGAGAAGUUUAAGUACAAAGACGGCAAGAAAAUUAAGUACUACCAAAAUGCGGCGACGGGUGUAAAAUAUCAUUCCAAGAAAGACGUCUUGAAUUGCGCCAAAUCUGAAAAUACCCUCAGUACACCUCAAACUACAAAUCAAGACGAAAACGGGAUCUCCUCUAAUAAUAAAGUCGAUGCUAUAUUAGCUACAACAAAUGGUUCUGCUGAAGGGUUGCCUAAUGGUUGGAAAAUCGAGGAAAGACGUCGAAAGAGUAGCAGUGGAUCAUACAAGGUUUAUACCGAUUUGUCGACUGGAAACAAAUACUAUUCAAAGGCAGCUGUGAGUCGAUAUUUGAGUUCUGUGGAUCAAAAUAAACUUGAUGAUGUGGACGAAACCGUUACAAACAUAUCUCCAAAACAACCCGUAUCCACGACAAAUGUGGGCCCCACUCCAGAAAAUAAAGACAUCUCUCCAAAACCUGUAUCCGCGACAAAUGUGGGCCCCACUUCGGAUAAUAAAGACAUCUCUCCGGAACCCCUAUCCAUGACAAAUGUGGGACCCGCUUCGGAAAAGAAAAGGAAAGGAAGCGCUUACAAAACGGUUGCAUGUGAGACCGUGGCAGCUGAUGACCUGCCGCCAGGCUGGAUUAAAGAAAUCGUUACGAGUAAAUUUGGGAAUAAGAUUAGAAAAGAUCCGUAUUACACAGAUCCAGUCAGCGGUUAUGUAUUUCGUUCUAAAUUAGAUGUCGAGCGGUAUCUGACAACCAACAAUAUAAAUAGCUGUGCUUGCAGACCAAAGAAAAAGGACGAGUUCGAUGAUCGCAAGUUCAUUGAGAAUGAAAUCCCUGUAAGCAAUUCUUCAAAUCCAGCUAAUGGGAAUCCACCCGAGCACAAAACGGGGCUCGUUCUCGGUGGAGAAUUAAACGGCGAAGAAGGUUCUGCCUCUGUAAAAACCCGAGCAGAAUCUGAUGCCAAGAUCUCGAAAGGGACGCAAGGUGAAGAAGAUUCCACCACUACAAAAAAUCGAGCAGAAUCAGAUGCCAAGAUCUCUAAAGAGACGCAAGAAAACGAAGUUACAACCGUAAACGAACCCAAGAAAUUGAAGAAAAGAAGGAACUUUAGCUCGCCUCCGUCACGAACUUCCAAAAGACUCGCAAAGUGCAAACCUGAAUCCAACUCAGUUCCGAGCGAACGUUCUGGAAGAUCCUCUACGAGCGAAAUUCCCAUUUUACCCCUCGAGCCAUCUGCCGACGUAGUGGAAGCAAACGAGCCCAAAGUGGAAGCACUAAAGGGGGCGGAAACCCGUCAAGAAAUCAAACCAAUGAACGCAGUCGUAAACGAAAGGGCUCCUCCCAAAGAAGUACCAGCUAUUAUUCAAGAAGAGCAAAUAAUAAUAGGCGAGGGGGCUAAUAAUAAAUCGCAAGAAUCGCAGCUUUUGUACGACUUUGGUGAUUCUUGGUCGGACCCUCUUGAAUUCGCAUUGAAGACGCUCAGGGGUGAUAUACCGAUCGAGGAUACGCUGGCGUUUGCGGGCGGAUUCGGGUUUCAGAAUAACGUUAAUUUUAAUACUACUACUAAUAAUAAUAAUCAGGCAAAUGGAGGGGUGAGAUCGUCGUCUCAAUCGGAUGCUGCACCGGUCUUUUUUCAGGACGAAUUCGCCCCUCGUUCGGAAUCCUCUUCGAAGCAAAACGGUGCUGCUGCUGCUGACCAAUUGCCAGGAAAUUCAAAUUCGUUCUUCGCUCAGGGAAACGUUGUGAAAAGGGAUUGGCCUGCGAAAUUUAACCCUUGAAAGAAAUUGAAAGAAAAAAAAAAAAAGAAUCUUGAAAAAUGGACAUAUGGUGCAGAAACUGAUGCUGAAUUAUCUAGGGUUAGAGUGAAGUGGUAUUUCUGUUAUUUUAUUUUAUUUUAUUUUAUUUUGGUUGGUUGACAUUAAUUUGUACUUUUGAUGGUGGAGGAGUUUUAGGGCAAUGUGUUUAGAUUGUUUAGGUUAUAAGGGCUUAGAAUCUUUCUUCUCCAUUGUCGAAAAACCGAAUCCUUUCGUUUGUUUCGAAAAAAGACUAAGUUGUGUUUGGUACACUUUUUGGAAUUUUUUUUUUCGAAGGCCGAUGAAGCCUUUUUUUUUUUUUA